AUGAACUUGGGCGGCGAGCCCGAGAAGCCAGCCCUGGAACAGUACGGUGUUGAUUUGACUGCGCGGGCGAAAGAUGGAAAGCUAGACCCUGUCAUUGGAAGAGACGGCGAGAUACACAGAGCCAUCCAAAUCUUAGCGCGAAGGACAAAGAACAACCCGGUCCUCAUCGGUGCUGCUGGUACAGGCAAGACAGCCAUUGCCGAGGCGCUCGCCCAGCGAAUAAUUCAAGGAGAUGUUCCUGAGUCGAUUAAGGAGAAGCGUGUCAUAUCGCUCGACCUUGGUCAACUCAUUGCUGGCGCAAAGUUCCGAGGCGACUUCGAAGAGCGUUUGAAGAAGGUUUUGAAAGAAGUGGAAGACGCAAAAGGAGGCGUUAUACUUUUUAUCGACGAGUUACACACGCUCCUAGGGCUGGGCAAAGCUGAAGGUAGCAUCGAUGCGAGCAAUCUUCUCAAACCCGCUUUAUCUCGGGGUGACUUGCAGUGCUUUGGAGCCACCACCUUGAAUGAGUACAGGCAAAUUGAGAAGGAUGUGGCGUUAGCACGUCGAUUCCAGCCUAUCAUUGUUUCUGAACCGAGCGUACCUGAUACAAUUUCCAUACUGCGAGGUAUCAAAGAGCGAUACGAGACACACCACGGUGUGAGGAUUACCGAUGGCGCACUUGUCGCUGCCGCAACGUACAGCAAUCGAUACAUCACUGACCGCUUCCUUCCCGAUAAAGCGAUCGAUCUGGUUGACGAGGCCGCAAGCGCUUUGCGGUUGCAGCAAGAAAGCAAGCCAGACCCCAUUCAAGAGCUCGAUCGCCAGAUAAUGACCAUUCAGAUUGAACUCGAAUCUCUGCGAAAGGAAACGGAUGUUGCGAGCAAAGAGCGACGAGAGCGAUUAGAAGAGACGUUGAAGAAGAAACAGGAUGAAGUGAAAGUAUUAAUGGACAAGUGGGAGCAAGAGCGCGCUGAGCUGCAGAAAUUAAAGAAUAUCCAAGAGGAGCUGGAGAAAGCCAGAUUUGAGCUAGAAAUGGCACAACGUGAAGGCAACUUCGCCAAAGCUAGUGAGCUCCGCUACUCGAAAAUCCCAGAGCUUGAGCAGCAGCUACCGAAAGAAGAGGAGGCUAGGGCAGGGAAAAGCGCUGAUUCAUUAUUACACGAUUCGGUCACUGCUGAUGACAUCGCCUCCGUUGUAUCGCGGACCACCGGCAUUCCUGUCUCCAAGUUGAUGCGUGGAGAGAGCGAAAAGUUGAUCCGCAUGGAGGAUGCUUUACGCGCGCAUGUUCGCGGACAGGACGAAGCUCUCACAGCUGUCGCUAAUGCUAUUCGGAUGCAGAGAGCUGGACUGUCGGGCGACAACCGACCCAUCGCGUCCUUUAUGAUGCUCGGUCCGACGGGUGUUGGCAAAACUGAAGUUUGCAAGCGACUGGCUGAAUUCCUUUUCUCGACACAGCAGGCUGUUAUUCGUUUCGAUAUGAGCGAGUUCUCAGAAAAGCACACGGUCUCGCGAUUGAUUGGCUCGCCCGCUGGCUAUGUUGGCUACGAGGAUGCAGGACAGCUCACUGAAGCUGUAAGACGGAAGCCCUACGCUGUUCUACUCUUCGAUGAAUGGGAGAAGGCGCACAAAGAUAUCUCCACGCUUCUGCUCCAAGUUCUCGACGAAGGUUUCUUGACCGAUGCCCAAGGCCACAAGGUCGAUUUCCGGAAUACCAUCAUCGUGCUGACGUCGAACCUGGGCGCCGAAAUCAUUGUUGGCGAUGACGCGCUUAGUCGAGCUAGCGAUUCGGGUGAGAUCUCUCCAGAUGUCCGUAACGCCGUGAUGGACGUGGUGUCCGCAUCGUAUCCCCCCGAGUUCCUGAAUCGCAUCGACGAAUUCAUCCUCUUCCGACGUCUGUCGCGGGAGGCCUUGAGGGACAUCGUCGAUAUUCGUUUGAAGGAAUUGCAAGAGCGUCUAGACGAGCGCCGCAUCACCUUAGCCGUGCCCGAUGAAGCGAAACAAUGGCUAUGCGACCGUGGAUACGACCCUCGAUUUGGUGCACGCCCGCUGAAUCGGUUGAUUGCAAAGCAGAUCGGCAACGGGCUUGCUGAUAAGAUCAUAAGGGGCGAGCUGAAGUCUGGUGCCACGGCGACCGUGUCAAUUAAGGCCGAUGGCAGCGGAUUAGAUGUCACAAGUUCGGCGUAG